GGCUCAAAGCGAAAGUGCAAAAGCAGUAGCCUAACCACCAUCACUCUUUAGUCUUUAGUCCGUUUCUUAUUCUUAAUUUGCUCCUGUACUAGCAAAAGAACAGGCAUAUUAAGAAGCUUGUUGAAACUAGCUAGCACCCCUUGCCAUUGCACUGAAGCCACUCCACUUUUUCACUAAUGGAGAAGCGUCUCCACCUCCAUGUCUUGAUGGUCCUUCUAGUUAUCUUAGCAUGGCCUUCCUCCAUCUUCGUCGCUGGUGGGCUCUGCCGUGACAGCUGUGGCGACAUCCCAGUGCGCUAUCCUCUUGGUAUCGAUGAUGGCUGCGGCAGCCCGUACUACCGCAACAUGCUGACGUGCGCUGACAACACCACCCUCCGCCUCCGCACCCCGUCCGGCACGUACCCGGUGUCCGGCACCGACUACGCGGACGCACACCUCGUUGUCACCGACCCUUCCAUGUGGACGUGCAAGCGCCCGUUCACCUCCAUCCACGCCGCGCCCUUCAGCCUGGACACCAGCACACGUUUCUCGCUGUCCCCAAGGAACGACCACCUCUUCUUCAACUGUGAUGAGGACCGCGUCAUCGUCGAGCCACGGCCUGCCGUCUGCGAGCGGGACCCAGAGCGGUGUGACUCAGCAUGCGACAGCGCUGGGUACCUCUGUCGGAACCUGCCAGGUUGCCGCGGCGCACUAGAGGAGAACAACAUGACCUGCUGCGUGUACCGGCCGCGCGCGGCGGAGUCGCUGCGGGUGAUGCUGCGGCACUGUGAGGCAUACACCAGCGUGUACUGGCGUGCUGUUGGGGACAAGUUCCCGCCAUACGACACGGUGCCGGACUACGGGGUCCGGGUGGACUUCGAGAUCCCUGUCACGACACGCUGCCUGAAGUGCCAGGACCAGCGGCGUGGCGCCAACGGCACGUGUGGGUUUGACCCGGUGACGAGGGACUUCAUCUGCAUCUGCGACGACGGCCGGAACUCCACCACGGACUGUGCAGAUGGUCGAGUUUCAGGGCAUCGGGCAUCAGCAGGAGUUGUGGCAGGAACCGUUGUGUUUUCAAUCUCAGCAGCCAUCGGCAUUGGGGGGCUCGUGUGGUACAUACGCAAGAUGAAAUCGAGCAAACUAGUUACCUGCGGUGUCCAGAGUAACGAAAAUAGAUUCUUUUGAGCCUACUGCAAAGAAUUCCUUCUAUGGACACUCUGCGUGGAAAGAAGAGAAGAGAAUAUACAUUUCCUACAUUGCAGGAUUUUGUUCGAGUAUAACUUGGAGCUAAAUUAGGUUUUCCCCUGUAAUGUAUGUUAAUUGGCUGCACCAAGACUAAAUGAGAAAUUAGGGAAAUGAAUUGCUUUGUGUGCUAAAGUAAAUUUGAAUACA